AUGCAGUCCUCGCCGGGGUGCCCGGCGCCCCUGCUCCCGGUGUUGUCCGCGGAGCUCGCGCGCCUCGAGGCGCAGCUCGGGCAGACCGCCGACCGGUGGGCGCGCGCCCACCUCGCGGAGCUCGGCGACGCCGCGGCGGCCAGGGUGCUCCGGGUGGUCGCCGAGACCGGGACCCGGGUGCGGAGCCUGUCCGCCUUCAUCAACCACCUCGCCAAGCAGGAGGCCAUGCAGCGCAACGCCGCGGGGAUCCCCACCGCCGAGAGCGCCGCCUGCUGCAACGGACCCUCCGCCCGCGCUUCACAAGAGGAUUCCAUAUCAGGACCGUUCUACCAAGACGUUGUCCAAGUGGAAGUUCAGAAUCAGGGCCCCAAUGGUGAAAUGGCAUUUGCCCGUCCAAACCACGCAAGGAUGGAGCCUGGGAGCCCUGUGCGUCAGAUGCCUUUCAGGUCGCAGUAUCACGAGAGCCCUGUCAGGACGAAUGCUUGUGUUGUUGCAGACCAUGUUGAAGUGGAGGUUGAGAGCCCAUCGGGUUUGGACUCUCCUGGCUUGCAGAAUCAGUCCCCUUUUGCAGCUGUGGCUUCUCCGGUAGCAAGUCCUGGAGGAAUGGGUGCUGGCUGUCUCGGGUAUCACAUGCCCGAUAGUCCUGCCCGGGUUCUCACCCCAAGCCCUGUUAAGGAUAUUACAAGGCUUAUCCAACAAAUGGAUGGUCCAUCAGGAAGGGUAGGGGUUGCAACACCUUCUGUUGCCGCAGUGCAUGCUUUGAGAGCAACACCAAGCCCUCUGAUGUUAGCACUGGGGGAGUUAGAGUUUGUUCGGAUAUUCCUCAUAUAUGUGUAUCAUGGAGACCAGAAGAUAGAACAAGUGCUGGAGGAUGUAAGUUAUAUAAGGCAUUUGAAUUCACUGCCCAUGGAGUACUUCGAGUCAGAAAUCUGGAACAAAUUUGGAAUGAAGUAUAUACCAGCAUCGGAUAGAAGAAAGAACCUUGAUUGGGACCCAAACAAGACAAGACUCUAUUAUUGUAUUAUUGAGAAAAGGGGUGAUAACAUAGCAACCAUUUUUAAGGGUCCAUAUGUGGAGAAUACAAGGACUCAUCUGCAGAACAUUGUUGGUGAUGACAAUGUUCUUAUUGUGAAGUUUGCAGAUAUACCUGAUCUUCAAAAUAAUACAGACAACUUGUGUAUCUACUGUCAAUAUUACAGCCAGGUUGCUAAUGAUGGUAUCGUUUUGGGCUUGCGGCGAUAUCGCUUUUUCAUUCAUAAAGAUGGAGGGAAGACAGAGAGGCUAAAAGAGGAAAAGAAGAAAGAGAAAAACAAAAAAUUCAGCCCUUCUAUUAGGUGCUAUUUUGUUCGCAUGGAGUCUGGAUGGGAAAGGGAUUACCCUUACAAACUCGCUGACUAUACAGUUGAUCAGGCCCGCAGAUUCUUUAUGCACAUAAACAAUGCUUCUACUGUGGCCAAAUAUUUGUCCAGGUUUGCUUUGAUCUUAUCCAAAACUAUCAAAUUGGAUGUUAACUUCUCGAAGGUUAAUGUUAAAAAAAUCGACGAUGAACCUUGCAGGGAAGAAUCUGGAGAAAUUGUUGUUCAAGAUGGUAAACCCUUGAUUCAUACUGAUGGGACUGGCUUAAUAUCAGUAGAUUUAGCUAGAAACUGCCCCAGCAGUGUCUUCAAGGGAAACUUUCUGAAGGAUGCUGUGGAUUCAAAGCGGCACCAACAUCUCACCACUCAACAUCCUCUUUUAAUUCAGUUCCGGAUGUUCCAUAAUGGAGAUGCUGUAAAGGGAACUCUUCUAGCUGAUAAAAGGCUUCCUCCUGACACAAUUCAUAUAAGACCAUCAAUGAUAAAAAUAUACGGUGAUGAAAAUUCAUUUGGAGAGCAGUCAUUUAACUCUUUGGAAGUAAUUACUACAAGUUACCGGCCUAAAAGGGCAUUUACAUCAAGGUUCUUAAUUUCACUCCUUCACUAUGGUCGGGUUCCAGCAGAGUAUUUUCUGGAGCUUCUAAGGAAUGCACUGGAAGAUGUCAAUAAAGGCCACCAUACACCGAGAAAUUCACUGGAAGUUGCAUUUAACCAUGCGGACCUGGAUGAUUCAAUGUCUGCACGAAUGAUUCUUUCUGGAAUUCAACUAGAAGAUGAGGCGUAUUUGCAAUCUCAGCUAGCUCUAAUGGCUAAGGUAGAAAGAAAAGGACUUAAAGAAGGAAGGAUCCCGAUCGAUGAUACUUAUUAUCUGAUGGGCACAACGGAUCCCACUGGGACCCUGAAACGGGACCAAGUUUGUAUUAUACUUGACAACGGCCAACUUUCUGGAAAGGUUCUUGUCUAUAAACAUCCUGGAUUACACUUUGGCGAUAUACAUAUAUUGACUGCAACAUAUAUCGAUGGUUUGGAGAAGAUUGUGGGAAAUUCCAAAUAUGCCAUAUUCUUUCCCACCUGUGGACCACGAUCUUUGGCAGAUGAAAUGGCCAACAGCGAUUUUGAUGGCGACAUGUACUGGGUCUCACGAAACCCACAGUUGUUGGAGGGCUUCACCAAACAACGCAAGCCAUGGGUUCAGAGAAUACAACCAAAAAAGACUGAACAAAAGAAGCCUGAGGAUUAUAGUGGAUCCGAGCUGGAAAGUCUCUUAUUCCAUGAAUUUUUGAAAGCUAGAUUUACACCCAGCUAUGUGCUAGGUGCAGCUUCAAAUUGUUGGCUGGCGCUUAUGGAUCGGCUCUUGACAGGCGACGUUCCAAAGAGCGAACGGCAAGCGAUAAAGGAGAAGAUGCUCGAUUUGGUUGACAUUUACUAUUUGGCUUUGGAUGCUCCAAAGGAAGGGAACAAGAUCACUGUUCCUGAAGAGCUGAAGGUCAAGAAAUACCCACACUUCAUGGAACGGGAUGAAAAGAAAUCUUACACGUCGACGUCCGUGCUGGGCAAAAUAUAUGAUGAAGUAAUGUCGAAGGAGUCUGAAAUUGAUCCUGAAAUCAAGAUAGUGCCCCUGUCAUGCUUCACUGAGGUAGAAGUAUCUGACUAUUACAAGCGCCGUUGGAAGGCUCUUUAUUAUGAGUACCUGGGGGAGAGCACUAAGUUUUGUAAGCUGGAGAACAAGGAGGAAAAAAACAACAAUUUCCGACGACUCUACCAAGAGUACAAGCGGGAACUGUACAAGGCCGAGGAGUUUGAACAGAGCCCAAGGGAGCGGUCGGAUCUCUUCAACGAGGCCUGCGCGGUGUACCAGGUGGUGUACGAGUACGCGAUGUCCCGUAACGACGUCGCCAAGUGUGGCUUCGCCUGGAAGGUGGCCGGCCGCGCGCUGUGCCGGCUGUACACGCUGAAGCGCGGCGGCGACACCGCGCUCUGUUCCUUCUCGGUUCUUGAGGAUGCUUUUAAGAGGAACCGCGCGUAG